AGGGGAGGGUUUUCCGCGGAGGUACACACUUUGAGUAUGAGGAAGUACUCAACAUGUAGCUUACUGUGGGAAGUCUGACAGAAUAAAGAGAGCAAGACUUCAUCAUGGAGGGAACUUCAAGAAAUGAUCCUGCAGUUCAGCCUUCUGUUGCUGCUCAGGUUCCUUUCCUUCAUCUGUGUACCACGUUAGAGAAAAUCCAGAAGUCUAAACUCCGUCCAGACAAAUCCAAGAUUCUUGGUGAUUUCAUUGAGUCAUGGAGGAAGUUUCAUGCUGCUCUCCACAAAGACAAUCCCAAAACAACAGACUCUUUCUAUCCAGCUAUGCGCCUCAUAGUGCCCUCCUUCGAACGAGAGCGAAUGGCAUACGGCAUCAAAGAGAACAUGUUGGCUAAACUCUACAUCGAUGUAUUAGGCCUCCCAAAGAAUGGCCCGGAAGCUAAUAAGCUGUUGAACUAUCGUGCUCCAACUACAUCUCAAGGAGAAGCUGGAGACUUUGCUGGAAUGGCCUACUUUGUCCUGAAAAAAAGGUGUACAAGUCAGGGAAACCUCAGCAUCAAAGAAGUCAAUGACUUUCUGGACUCUGUGGCCAUUAACAAUGCUAGCAAGAAGAAGGAUCUUGUGAAAAAGAGUCUGCUACACCUCAUCACCCAGAGCUCAGCUCUGGAGCAGAAAUGGCUCAUCAGAAUGAUUUUAAAGGACAUGAAACUCGGUAUCAGCAAAGAAACUGUUCUCCAAGUCUUCCAUCCAGAUGCUGCUGAUUUCUACAAUGUCAAUACAGACUUAAACAAGGUGUGCCAGCAGCUCCACGAUCCCUCUGUGUCUUUAAGUGAAGUCUCUAUUGGACUCUUCUCUGCUUUCAGGCCUAUGCUGGCAGCUGUGGCCAACAUCCGCAAUGUGGAGAAGCAGAUGGGAAACAGCCCUUUUUACAUUCAGACCAAGCUGGAUGGGGAGCGUAUACAACUGCACAAAGACGGGGAUGUAUACAAGUACUAUAGCCGAAAUGCCUUUGAAUACACACAGCAGUUUGGAGGAUCCCCACUGGAGGGCUCUCUGACACCUUACAUUCACAAUGUUUUUAAAAGUCACAUUGUAAACUGUAUCCUCGAUGGUGAAAUGAUGGCGUACAAUCCCACGACCGAGACCUUCAUGCAGAAAGGGAGCAAAUUUGACAUCAAGAGACUCAUGGACGACUCUGAGGUACAGACAUGCUUCUGCGUGUUUGAUGUGCUGUUAGUCAAUGACCAAAAGCUUGCCAAGGAAACUUUAAAGAAGCGCAAUGAGACUCUUCAGACAGUUUUCACCCCAGUCAAGGGAAGGAUACACCUGGUGCCAAAGACCGAAGCCAGAACCAUGCAGGAGGUGGUGAAUGCUCUCAAUGAUGCCAUUGACUUUAGAGAAGAGGGGAUCAUGGUGAAAGAUCCUUUAUCCAUCUACAAACCUGACAAGCGGGGGGAAGGUUGGUUGAAAAUAAAGCCAGAAUAUGUGGAUGGAUUGAUGGAUGAGCUCGACCUGCUGAUCGUAGGUGGCUACUGGGGAAAAGGGAGACGGGGUGGUAUGAUGUCCCAUUUCUUAUGUGCUGUUGCCGAAGCUCCAAAGCCUGGCGAGAAACCCUCAGUGUUCCACACUUUCUGCCGCAUCGGCUCUGGCUACACCAUGAAGGAGUUGUAUGACCUUGGUUUAAAGCUAGCCAAGCACUGGAAAGUCUAUCGAAAAAAUGACCCACCAGCAUCCAUCUUGUGUGGAACAGAGAAACCCGAAGUUUACAUUGAACCCUGCAAUUCGGUCAUCAUCCAGGUGAAGGCGGCUGAAAUAGUCGGAAGCGACAUGUAUAAAACCAACUGCACGUUGCGCUUCCCCAGGAUCGAGAAGAUCCGCGAAGACAAGGAGUGGCACCAGUGCAUGACUCUGGCAGAGCUGGAUGAGUUUCGUAGUAAGGCAUCAGGGAAGCUUGCCUCGCGGCACCUUCGCAUUGAUGACAAUGAACCACAAAAGAAGAAGCGUAAGGUGCCAGUCAAACCCAAGAAGGUGGUUGGGAUUAUUGACCACUUUAAGCCGCAGGAUCUCUCCGGGGUUAAAAAAGAGACAGAUAUGUUUGAGGAUGUGGAGUUCUGCAUCCUGAAUGGCACAGAGGAUCACCCCAAGGCUGAGCUGGAAAAGGGUGUGGCCAGGUGUGGCGGUAUUGUGGUUCAAAACCCAGGGCGGGACACCUACUGCGUGAUUGCUGGCAUGGAGAACAUGCGUGUUAAGAACCUGAUUUCGUCUGACCAGCACGAUGUGGUGUGGGCCACCUGGCUUCUGGAAUGCCUGGACCAGAAGGAAGUGAUCCCAUGGCAGCCACGUCACAUGAUCCACAUGUCACCCUCCACCAGGGAGCACUUUGCUAAGGAGUACGACAGUUAUGGCGACAGCUACUUUGUGGACACAGACAAGCAGCAGCUGCAGGAAGUGUUUAGCCGGAUGAGCAGCGUGAGUGCGUCUGCAGCCGUGAACGUCUGCCAGGUGGAGCAGCGUUACGGCUGGGAGGACCUUCCCACCAGCAUGUUCAGACAGUUCAAGGUUUAUAUGGACGGCUAUGCUGACAUAGGAGACCCCAAGACCAGCAUACCUGCCACCUGUUUGGACAUCAGGGCGCUGGAGUUUCGCUACCAUGGAGGGACGGUGGUGCCAAAGUUAGAAGAGGGAGUCUCUCAUGUGAUUAUCGCAGAGGAACAAAGACUUCUGGAUUUAAGGAGUCUGAGGCGCUGUUUUCGAAAGAAGUUUAAGAUUGUAAGAGACUCAUGGGUGACUGAUUCAAUCACAGCAGGGUAUCUGAAGAAUGACACUGACUACUUAGUUUGAGGAGUCUUUGGUGAGGAACACACGGGUUAAACUGACACUGGAGAAACAUCCUCUUACAGCUAGCAUUUUAAUGAAUUCCUUUUAAGAUUAGUAAUAAACUAUUUUAUUAAAACUUGAAAGAUAAAAAUUCCAGUCAGUCAAAAUCGCCAUUAACGUUGAGAUAAGUGAUGUGAUUUAAAAGUACACUGUGCCUUACAGGGAUGUUUCAUGCAAACUUUAUGAGUUUUAGUUUCUGUGUUCUUAAUGAGUGAUUAAAGCUGCUUGUUAAUUUAUUAUUCGUUUUAAACUGAUAGCCCACUGUGAAAAUCAGGAAGGCCAUGAUUGUUUUUUCAAUUUUGAAAGUUAGAAUUACAUUAUGAAGCAUUCAAAUACAGAAAAUGAUUAUCUCUUUUCCCCGUUAGACUUUUAGCUGAGCUGUUACUAAUACAUUUCAUGGAAGGGAAAAGAGUUUUUCCCUUUUGCCAAAACUGGGGGAUUUCAUUCUAAAAACUAUGCAUAAUUUUUUGGGAAUAUGAGGCUUAGUAGGACUUUUUGGGAUUUGUGAUGUGUAAAAUUGGAACCAUGCAAAAAAAGGAGAAGGGGGAGUUAUUGCGCCGAGUCUUGUUGUGGUCCUUGAUUUUUGCUUUAAUGUCUGUUUAAUUAUAUUUUAAGCAUAACUACAAUAAAUGCAUUGAAUUGUUUUAAAACACAGAUUGUAAUUGGAGUGACAAAUCUGUCUUCGAAACUGAGAUUGAGCGUCCGUGAUGGCCUUUGCCUCAGGUCUUCAGCAUGUAGUGAGCUGGCAGAGAGACCGAGGGGACACCACAGGGGUACGUUAAAACUGGUUCAGCUCGAGGCCCUCCAACAAAGAUGUUUCCGUGUUUUCCUGUCUUCAAAAAUGUCACCAGUGUGUCUUGGGACUCACUGAUAUGUUAUAACCUUCAUUACCAACGCCUCUGGGGUGCAGGUAGCUGCCUGUGGUGUCCUGGGUAUUGUUGUGUGUAAAUGCCUCAAGAAUAAAUUGUCAAAGUGAAA